UAUGAUUGCAUACCUUGUCCAGAAGGGAAGAUUUCAGACCAAGAGGAUAUGAAUGACUGUAAUAAAUGCACAGAUGAAACAUACCCAAGCAAGAAUCAGGAUAAAUGCAUUCCCAAGACUGUAACCUUCUUGUCUUAUGAAGAACCUUUGGGACUCAGUCUAGGCUGCAUUGCUCUUUCCUUUUCUUUGAUCACAGCUCUGGUGCUGGGGACAUUUAUGAAGCACCAUGGCACUCCCAUCGUCGUUGCCAACAACAGGGACCUCACCUACACUCUCCUUGUCUCCCUCCUGCUCUGCUUCCUUUCUGCAUUGCUAUUCAUUGGUCAGCCUCAGAAGCUGACAUGUCUCCUCCAACAAACAGCUUUUGGUAUCAUCUUCUCGGUGGCUGUUUCUUGUGUGUUGGCCAAAACUGUCACAGUGGUAUUGGCUUUCAUGGCCACCAAACCAGGUUCCAGAAUGAGAAAGUGGGUGAGGAAAAGUCUGAGCAACUCUAUUGUUCUUUUUUGUUCCCUUAUGCAGGCUGGAAUCUCUACCACAUGGUUGGCAACUUCUCCCCCCUUCCCAGAUGUGGACAUGCACUCUGUGACUGAAGAAGUUGUCCUGGAAUGUAACGCAGGGUCUGUAACCAUGUUUUACAGUGUCCUGGGCUACAUGGGCUUCCUGGCAAUUGCCAGCUUCACUGUGGCUUUCUUUGCCAGGAAACUACCUGAUAGUUUCAAUGAAGCCAAGUUCAUCACUUUCAGCAUGUUGGUCUUCUGCAGUGUGUGGCUAUCAUUUAUUCCAGCUUAUAUGAGCUCUAAGGGCAAAUGCAUGGUUGCUGUGGAGAUCUUCGCUAUCUUAGCCUCCAGUGGUGGUCUUCUGAGUUGCAUCUAUCUUCCAAAAUGCUAUCUUAUUGUGUUGAGGCCUGAGCUGAACAACAGGGAACAUCUAAUAACGAGAAAAAUCUGA